AUGGAGGGGAUUAGCAGUGUUAGCAUUAGCACCCAAGUUAUGAGCAGACAGCACAAAGCAGAAGCUAUGAUUGCAGGAGAACAACUCCGAUUGCGUCUGCAUUUCGGAAAGCUGAUAAAGGACCGGCGGGUCCACCUGAGAACAUACCCAAACUGCUUUGUAGCGCAGGAGCUGGUGGACUGGCUGACCGUUCACAAGGAAGUGCCAGACCGGGACACUGCAGUUAAAGUGAUGCAGCGAUUAAUGGACCAUGACAUCAUACACCACGUGUGUGAUAAAUGGCCAAAGUUCAAAGAUGCAAAGUUGCUUUACCGUUUCCGCAAGGAUGAUGGAACAUUCCCUUUCAGCAUUGAGGAGAAAGUCUUCAUGCGUGGACAGAGUUUAUACGAACAUCUUCUGUCGAGCAGAGAGUGUCUCCUGCAGGUGCGAGAGGAGAAGAGCAUGCAUUAUAAACACUGUUUUGCGGGAUUCCAGUUGAUUGAUUGGCUGCUGCAGAACGGAGAGGCAGAGAGCAGGAGCGAGGGGGUGGAAUUAAGCAGGAUGCUGCUGGAGCACGGCAUCAUCCAACAUGUCUCUCUGAAGCAUCAUUUCUUUGACAGCGGGUUGCUGUAUCAGUUCUGUGUGAAUUUCCGCCGACGCCGGCGACUGGCACAGCUGAUCGAGGUGGAACGAGACGGUGAGGUCAUGAUCCCCAUGGAAGACCAAGCGGAUAGUCCAUUCAUCCUGCGUACGACUCCCCCUCCUGGCAGAAAUACAAACUUCCUCUCUGAUGAAGCCACAAAUGAUGUAACUUUUGGUGGACAGCACAGUAUUCUGACACAUCAGCUUCACAACUCCAAUUCAGUCUACACUGCUCCUGGGGUCAGAUACAACCCUAAAUCAGUACUGAAACGGGAUGUAACGUGUGAGGAAUUACUGUCCCCUGGCGCUCCGUACAUUAAAAAAGUGCUUACUAUCCUGGGGGACACUCUGGGCUGGGGCUUUGUGGUGCGAGGGAAAUCGCCUUGUUAUGUGCAAGCUGUGGAUCCAGGAAGCCCUGCUGCAGCAGCAGGAAUUAAGGUGCGGCAGUUUGUGUGCCGGGUGAAUGGCCUCAGUGUUCUCCAUUUGGAUUACUGCACUCUCUCAAAGCUGGUGAUGACAGGACCCCGAGUGGUAACUCUGGAGGUGAUGGAGCCCCAGGACUGAUACUGAUUCUCAUUCUCUCUCUCUCUCUCUCUCUCUCUCUCUCUCACACACACACACACAAACUGUAGUUCCCUAAUGAGAGAAAUGCAUGGAUAAUUACUGAUAUUGACCCCUGGGCCUUGGCAAUGCCAUUGUCAAGCAACCUAAACUGGAGUGAAAACGUGAAA